GGAAAUCGGAGAGAACACCAGCCCAGAUGAGACCCGUCAGACACUCGCUCUGCCAGAGACAGCCUUUCCACUGAUAAGUAUUGACCCUGUUCCAUUUGAGCCCAAAUUGGAAUUCAGCCUUGCAUGCAAGGAGCUGGUGGCUGCAGCUCGUGAUCGGAAACCAAAUGCCUUUGUGCAGAUCACUGUCAUAAGCCCUUCACAGCCGACUCUGAGCAGAUAUUCCAACACUGAAACAGUUGAGGGAACAAGAGAGCCAGUGUUUCUGACUGGAGUUACUUUCCCACCGGGCUAUCCCAUUUACGAGGCGACCCGGGUGAAGCUAACGGUCUACGAUGUCAAGGAGAAAUCCCAAGGAACUCGAAGCUUCCUGGGAUCUGCUACGUUUGUAGUAGGCGACCUGCUGAAGUCAGAGGAGCAAACCUUGACCAUUAACCUCAGCCCUCUUAAUGGUUCACACAAAGUGGGGAUCAUAGUGGUCAGCAACCUUAAAAUGGGGGAGACAGAGAACGAGGAGGCAGAGCAAAGCCCCACAGAAGUCUCCGGACGAAAGCCAGCUUCACUUUGUGGGACUCUGCUGCAUCAAGCUGUUAACGACAAUGGCAAACUCUCACUGCUUGAAUCAAUUUUUAAAAACGUCAUCUGGAAAGUCUACAGAUUCCCCACAGAUAAUGGCAAGUGGUUGUGUGUCCGGGAACAGAUGGCUGAAAGUACACUGUCCUUCCACAUCCCCAAGCAAAUGAUCACACUCUUCAUCCAAGAAGACAUGAGAAGAUUACAGGACCUGGAGGAGCUGGGAAAUCUGUCUGCACACUGGGAGACCCUGCGGCAAAAUGUAACCGUCCAUUACCGGCAUAUGAUCAGCAGCUAUCAGGAAACGCUUACAGAGCUCAACAAGUUCUCAGGGUCAUCGUUCAAGCCAAGCUGCAGCCGAGGAGAAAAGAAGCUUGAAUUUGUUCCAGUUAACCUGCAUUUGCAAAGAAUGCACAUUCAGAGCAACUCUGCAAGGACAGAUGGGAUGUAUGACGUGAUUACGGUGGGAGCUCCUGCAGCACACAUUCGGGGCUUUCGCAGUGGAGGUUUACGCAGACAACUCUAUAGAUUCGAAGGAGAAAAGAGAAAUUCAGGGUACCAGUAUAUUUACUAUUCACCUGAACACACAGCCAAAGCAAAGGAGGUCAUCACCAAAAUCUACAGACUUCAGCCUCUCAUCUCAAGCAACACAGAGCUGCUGCUUACUGCAGCCAGGCUGCAGUCUUGCGAUGACAUCAAGAACUCAUUGAAGGCACUCAGUGAGCAAACUGAGCAGUUUGUACAUGCCUUUGAAGAUCAGUUGGUGAGAAGUGCCCUGUUAGCUCUACAUACAGCGCGCCCAGGUUACAUCAACCGAAGAUAUUCUGGUCCCUGCAUUAACCCGAGUGACCCUGAGCUGCUGAGUGUAAACCGGGAGAAGCACAGCGCCAGCGACCACUCGAUACCUCACCAAGCUGAGUACGAUGAGGAAGAUUGGGACAGAGUGUGGGUGAAUGUGGGCAAAAGUUUGAACUGUAUCAUUGCGAUGGUGGACCGACUGCUGGAGCAGAGCAGCGCACAGCUGGAACGUGAGCAGGAGCAGGAGCCCCCGCUGGCUGAUCAGAUCCCGCCCUCAGUAGGUGAUCACUGGUACGAAGGGCUAUACCCUCUGGUAGUUACACUAAAGGACUGUGUCAAUGAAGUGGUUGCCAGAGCAAAGAAGGCCAUGGUGUUUGUACUUCUUCAGGAGUGUGCCUGCAGCAUACCUCAGGCCCUAGCACUGCACCAGAGGAGAGAUGUUGUCUUCAGUCAAGCACUUGCAGCCUUGGUCUGUGGGUUUGUGAUCAAACUGCACACGUGUUUACAUGACCAGGGCUUCCUACGACAGCUUCACACUGUAGGCUUGCUUGUACACUUCGAAGGACUUCUCAGCACUUACAGUGAAGAGAUUGGGAUGCUGGAGGACAUGUCAGUGGGAAUCUCGGAUUUGCAGAAGGUGACAUUCAAAGUUGUUCAAGCACAGCUGGAGGAGAAUGCCAGCGCUGAACUCUUCCCUGUUGUGACUGGAGUGAGAGAUUUUUACACGGUAGAGGUCCAGCUCCCAACUAAACUGUUUGAGGUUUUGCCGCAGGAGAUUAAAGACGGGAAUUUGUUGCGAGUGUAUCCAGUGCUUUUCAACGUGGGAAUAAAUGAGCAGCAAACUUUGGCAGAGAGGUUUGGAGACAUCUCUCUGCAAGAAAUUAUCAAUCAGGAGAAUUUAGAACUUCUCAAUAGAUAUUACAAAUCAUUUGAAGAAAAGCUGUCACCUGACUGUUUGCCUCGAUUUCAGGCGCAGACUGACCUAAAGGAUCUGUUGCAAAGCCUUAGUCAAAACAUCCAAAUCAAGAAAAGGAAAAAUGUCGAAAUUUUAAAGCUUGCAGCAAAAAUUUGCCGGAGGUUGAACGGAAUUCGCUUCACAAGCUGCAAAAGUGCCAAAGACCGAACUUCCAUGUCUGUGACACUGGAGCAAUGCGUGAUUCUCCAAGAUGAGCACGAGCUGCACCCAGACUACUUUGUCCGAGCUCUGGACUGCAUGAGGAGAGAAGGAUGUCGAAUAGAAAAUGCACAGAAGAAUGUCAAAUGCAGGAAGUAUGCAUUCAACACCAUCCAGCUGAUGGCAUUCCCAAAAUACUACAGGCCUCCCGAUGGGACAUAUGGAAAAGUGGACACUUAAGCUUAAUGUUGGAAAUUGAGAGAGUACCAAUUAUUAAUAAGGUUUUAAAAUUAGUUUCAAAUAGAACGAGUGAGUAACAACUAUUUUCCCGACUGAGACCAUUCGUCUGGUCAGGGAGCAAUGGACCCCAAUAGAGAAGGUUUUUUUUUGACAACUUGCCAUUAGAAUCUGCCUUGUUUAUGCUCCAAUGUGUAUACAUCACUUGUUUGAGUAUGUGUGUGUGCUUGCAUGUGUUAGUUUGUGUGGGGAACGGCGAUUGGUGGGGGUGAGAUAAACUAGAACAUAUCGUUGAUCACUGCUACCACUGGAAAAGUAUUAGCAGUAAAAUGUUUAUUUCUGCUUAGAAAACGCAUAACUUUUACACCAAGAUGCAUGCCAUUUGCAAUUGUGCCAGUUUAUAUUUACGUACACUUCACUUAAUAUAAGCAAUGCGAGGUUUGAAGAGAACACGGCAUCGCUUAAACAUUUAAUACCAUGGUUGGUGUUUAGUCACUAAUUGAGAAUAAUCUUGUAAACAAACUGAAGUGAGUCAGUUUAUAAGAAACUGACUUGAACUUUGAGGCUGUGUAAAAGUAGAAAAAGUGGCUGAUAUUGAUAUGCAUAUUGGGAGAUUGACCAUAUCCAUAUCGCUCUUUGAAAUCCACAUCCUGUCAGCUGAGUGACAAUGUGGUGGCUUAACAGCAGUAGCUGCGGAAAGAGUCUGUUGGAGAGAUAAAUGGUAACCCUACAAUGCAGUACUUGUCCAGUUUGGACAACCCUAUCAUUAGGGCUUUGGCUCCAAAUGUAAAUUUGUUGUUGGGGCCAUACUGGCUGACAUCAGCAGUGAGCUGGAUUACUGCUGACUUGCCUGGCUUUGUCUGACGUAGCUCCUUGGUAUCAGUUCAGGGCUGCUUGUCCCCGAGUAAUUGUUUUCAAUUGACCUCAAAGUCAUUGAAGGGUUCAGUGGGACUUGCAAGAUUCACAUCAAUACUCUCGUUGUUCCAAGACCACGGCCCAAUUAAUCAACGGAGAGACCUUGGAUUCUAUUAAUAUCGCCUCAAAAAUAAGACCCCACUCAAUAAAUAAAAGGGCCAUUUGAACUCCAAAGGCUUUGUUUUUGUGACAAGUAGAGAAUAAUGUUUUAAAUACCAAAAACAGCUCUUCAGCUUUUAAAAAACCCAUGUCUUUCUAUUGUAAUAUGGCAGCUGUGUGUGUAAAAAAGAAGUGCUGUAAAUUUAUAAUGCUGAGUAUUAUAAAGUAGAGGUUGAUAAUUGUACAGAGUAGGACAUUUCUUAAUUUGUGAUAUUCUUAUAAUAAACUGUUUUGUAAUUAAAUAAAAACUUUGGCACCUAAAAGUUACUGCAGCCCUCGAUCAGUCAAAGUUGAUCUAUGCUUCGGAGUUGCUUUGAAGGAAAAUAUCCAAACUUAUGAGGGGUCUCAAUAGAGAGAGGAGAAAGUGUUUCCUCUGGCAACUGGGUUGGUAACCAGAGGACACAGAUUAAAAAUAAUUGGCAAGAAAACCAGAGGGGAGGCAAGGAGAAUUUGUUUUACUAUCUUGAAAGCACUCCCAGAAAAUGGUGGUGUAAGUCAAUUUAAUAGUAGCUUUCAAAAGGGAAUUGGAUAGGUACUUAAAAAAGAAAAAAUUACAGAAAAAGAUCAUUUUUACAGAGGAUUUAGGAGAGCAAAAUCUGACCAUCUCACCCAGAAUUGAAAAAAAAGAAAUAUAAUAAACAAUCCUUUUCUCAUUACCCCUCGAAUAAAUUUAUUCACCAAAUAUCUAUUCAUUCCCUUCUGAAUGUGCUGGUCAUUUACUGUGACUACUUCCCUGGAUAGUCAAUGCCACAUAUUCACUAGUCUCUGAAUAAAAAUAAUAAAAAUAAUGCAAUCUGAGUUGGCUGUUCACCUUCCCUCAUCUGAGCUCCAGUCUGUGUCCACAGUUUUUGUUUUCUUUAUCAGUGGUUCAGUGUUGUUUUACCCUUUUUUUGGGGGGUGGGCGCGGGGGGUCUUCAAUAAGCUUGGCCUGAGUCUUCUUAGAUGCUGGAUUCAUUCAAAUUUUCAAGACUCAGGUGGAUAGAUAUUUGUUAGGUAAGAGUAUCAAGUGAUACGGGGCAAGGGUAGGUAAUUGGAGUUGAGGUACAGAUCAGCCCUGACCCAGUAGAAUGGCAGAACAGGGUCGAGGGGCUGAAUGGCCUACACCAGUUCCUAUGUUCUGUUUCUUAGCAUGAACAUUCCCAGCUUCCGUAACCUUUCCUCAUAACUCGUAUCUGUAGAACCAUAAAAAUGUACAACCAUUCGGCUUCUCAUGCCACCCACGGUACAAUCCAUUAAGCCCCAUUUACCUGUUUUUUCCACUCACCCCUACUGCGCAACUCCAGCUAUCCAUCCAGUUGGCCUUUUCUAUAGUUUCUCCAAUCUUAAGAUGUCCUUUUGUAAUGUCGUGAUGAGAAUUGUACAGCACUCCAGGUGAGACCAUAUUAGUGCCUUUUGCAAGUUAAGUACAAUAUCCUGUGAUUUGUCCUCUAUCACUAUAGACCAUCACCUGCUCACCAGAAGAGUGUAUUUAUUACAAACAGUUAGGUACCAGUGAUUUAAGCAAGUGUUUUAUACAUAAAUGUAUAAAUGUAUAAGUGUAUAAAUAUUAAAUGUUUGAAAUGCUUUUCUUGUAGAAUGAAAUGUUGCUUCUGCCCUCAUAUCCA